UUUAAAGCGAUGCUAGCGACAGUCGAUCCAGAGUCAGUCAUAACAAGUAAAGGCUUUUUUUAUAUUUUUAAACGGUCUAGCGCAAACACAAUAGGGAAACCAGGAAAUGCAACCUUGGGUAAUAUUCCCACAUUGUUGUUCGCUUUCAUAGAGGUGUCACUAUUUCGGUUUGAGAGUUUCCGUCUGGAACUGAUAGAGGAACCGAUGGGAGUUAUUUGCAAUGAAGUGUUGUCAUGAGUAGAAACCACUGGGUUUCGUUGUGUGCUUGWCAGUGUGCGAACUUCGGGAGACGGAGCACUGACACGGACACGAAUGAAUGCGCUGYCCACUGAAGUUGCAAUGUAUUCUGAUGAGGAUAACCAGAAUUAUGAGGACUGGAUGUCAAGUUUGCCCGAGGAGCUGUGGGAUGUGCCUCUUUCAAGUCUCGCCAUACCAGGAAGUCAUGACGCUAUGAGUUACUCCCUGGACAUCAACUCUCCUCUGAUCAGCUCUGAGUCCGACACCUUUAGACUCCUGGAUGGUCUCUUCUACUGCCUCACCAGACCUGCUAUCUACAGGUGGUCUACCACGCAGGAAACUCUGAGGGCCGUAGCCUGGUGGUUGGAGUCUCACUCCAAGGAGGUUGUUAUCCUAGCAUGCAGUCACUUUGAAGGACUCACCGAAAGACUACAUGAACAUUUAAUUUUCUCACUGAAGAAAAUCUUUGGGUCUAAACUCUGUCCUCGCAAGGAGACAGUGGUGACCCUGCGUGGUCUGUGGGCAAUGGGUUACCAGGUACUGCUGUCGUAUGAUGACCAGUCAGCAGCACGACACCAGGCUCUGUGGCCAGGUAUACCGUACUGGUGGGCCAACCAAAACACGGCCAGCGGGGUGGUCAGCUAUCUGGAUUGGCAGAAAGACAUAGGACGCCCAGAUGGUUUCUUUGUGUCCGGUCUGAACCUGACGGCUGACCGCUCCUACAUCGCGCUGCACCCCCGUCAGUCCCUGCAGACCUUAACCCUGGCUAACUGGAAGGAGCUGAGGUCGUGGCUGGAGGAACAGGUCCCUGGACCACACUCUAACAACCUCAACAUCAUAGCAGGAGACUUUAUAGGACCUGUCCCCUUCUGUCCUCUGGUCAUCAACCUCAAUAGAAAACUGUUACGGCAGCAGAGGACGGAUCAGAGGACUCUUAAAGCAGAGGAGGACUGACUACAGAUGAGAAAUCAAAUAUCUGGUUUAGGGAGUCAUUCAGUCAAAAAUAGGUCAUUCAAAGAGAACAGAAAACUGCUACAUCAGCAGGGUUACGACAACCAGUCAUUAUUUGGUUUCACUGGGAAUCAUACUGACCAUAGAAAGUCAUUCCAAUAGAAGCCCUAGAUACUUCAGAAAUGAUUCACACCCUUUGACUUUUUACACAUUUUGUUACAGCCUGAAUUUAAAAUGGAUUMAAUUGAGAU